AUGGUCAUCAUCAUGUUGCCUGUCAUCCUGGCCGCGUCCCUGCUCGCGGCGACGGCGUCAGGAGCGCCCAGCAGCCGGCUCUGUGCCAAGACUUACGACUAUAUCGUCGUUGGCGGUGGCACCGCUGGCCUGGCUCUGUCGACCCGCCUCAGCCAGGGGCUGCCGAAUGCAACGGUACUUGUCAUCGAAGCUGGCCCGGCAGGCCUCGGGGACGAGCGCAUCGAGAUACCCGGCCGCAGAGGCUCGACGUUUGGCUCUGCUUACGACUGGAACCUGACGACCGUCCCCCAAGCGGGUUCCAACGGGCGCGUCUGGACCCAGACGAGAGGCCACGUCCUGGGCGGCAGCUCUGCGCUGAACCUCUUCUCCUACGACCGCGCGUCGGCUCACGAAUACGAUGGCUGGGAGGAGCUGGGCAACCCGGGCUGGAACUGGAACUCCAUGCGCGAUGCCAUGAUCAAGUCGGAGAACUUCACCUCGGCGAACACAGAGUACUACACCGGAAGCGAAGGAGUCGGUGAUUCGGGGCCCAUCAAGGCACUGAUCAACCGUCUCAUCCCCGAGCACCAGGCCCCUCUGUUUCCGGUCAUGAACAGUCUCGGGAUCGAGACGAACCUGGAAUCCCUGAACGGUAACGUUCUCGGCGUUCUUUAUUCGCCAAACAGCAUCGAACCGACCCACUACAACCGAUCCUACAGCGCCAAUUCGUAUCUGCCUCUGGCCAGCACGAACCAUUACGUCCUGACCGAGUCCAAAGUUGCCAAAGUUAACCUCGAACCUGCUCCGGAGGGUGGCAAUCGACGCGCCACGGGCGUUACGCUCUUGAAUGGAAGAGUCUUGCUUGCCCGCCGCGAGGUCAUUGUCUCCGGCGGCAGCCUGCUAAGCCCAGCCAUCCUGGAAAACUCGGGUAUCGGAAAGGCCGACGUCCUGUCUGCGGCCGGAAUCGAGCAGCUCGUCGAUCUCCCCGGCGUGGGCGAGAACCUCCAGGACCAUGUCCGCAUCCAAAGCUCGUACGAGCUGAAGGAGAACUUCACCGGCUACGACCGUCUCAAGUACGACACUGCCUACGCGGCCGAGCAGCUUCGGCUCUGGUGGGAGGGCAAGACGUCCAUGUACGGAUACUCCGGCAGCGGAUACACCUUCACGAACUGGAACCAGGCUCUCGGGGACGAAGGCGAAGCGGACCUCAUCGCCCUCGCCCGCGACGCCGUCGGCGCCUCCAGCCACCCCGUGGAGCGAAAGAAGCUCGAGUGGCUCAACGACACCAGUGUCCCUCAGCUCGAGAUCUUGUUCAGCGACGGAUACACCGGGGUGAAGGGUUACCCGACCUCGGGGAGUGCAGGGUACGGCAAGGACUACUUCACCCUCAUUGCAGCCGUGAUGCACCCCCUGAGCCGGGGCAACGUCCACAUCAACCCCGCCAACCCUCUCGGGCCGCCCCUGAUCGACCCCAAGUACCUCUCCCACGAGUACGACCUGCACGCCGCCAUCCAGGCCAUCAAAAAGUGCCGCCAGGUUGCCUUGACGGAGCCCCUGAGAUCGACGUGGGUCUCCGAGUACGAGCCGGGCCUGAACACAACCUCUGAUGCGCAGUGGAGGGAGUUCGCGCUGAAGACCACGUUGUCCAUCUACCACCCUGUCGGAACUUGCGCUAUGCUUCCCAAGGCAGAUGACGGCGUUGUCGACCCCUCGCUGAAGGUCUACGGAACCACGAACCUCAGAGUCGUUGACGCCAGCAUCAUGCCGGUGCUGAUCUCGGCGCAUAUCCAGACUGCUGUGUACGGCAUCGCCGAGAGGGCCGCCGAGAUUAUCAUUCAGGAGGCCACGACAUGA